UUUCUUAAAUUAAUUCAAAAAGAAAUUUUAUUCUUUAAUAUUAAUGCAUUCUCAAUUGCUUUCCAGUUUAAUAUUGUGGAUACCCUGAUUCCCAAUAUUUAAUAGAAUAUCCAACUAUAUAAUUAUCAAACUUUAAUUAAAAUAUUGAAUAGUUUUCAAAUAAAAAUUAGCAAUGAGCAGCUUUCCACACAAACAUCUAUAUAAUUCUAGUGAAACUAGAUUGCUUUUGUUAAAAAAUAAUUUCAAAACGACUAAUUAUGCACUUUUACCUAUUAAGUCUUUUCCUUAUUGCCCCGUCUGAUAUCAAAUUUUGUGUAAUUUAUUUUCUAAAAAAAAUAAUAACUUAAUAUGGAGGGCGUUGUUUAUUUUCUUUUAGCGCGAGAUUUAAAACUAAAUACCUUGAAUAUGAUUGGUUGAAAAGUCUAUCAGAAUUUAUUCCUGUCAGAAAAGUUUGGCUCGGCCAAACUCUAUCAGAAUGCUUGAGUUGGACAUAAUUCUGAUAGUUACGCCCCCCUAUCAGAAUUAUUCUGACAGAAAAGUGGAAUUCUGAUAACCGCUGUUCCCUGCUUAAGUGCUAUGUCUGAAAAAGAGUAAGCAUAGCACUUUUCUAUUGGCAUCAAUUUGGGUCUCCCGCCAAGGCGCAGCGCAGCGCGUUUACCUUUUGUUUUUGGGUUAAUAAAGGUAGUAGAGAACAAGCAAGUAAACUCGAAACAAGCCAAGUUUUAUUCAAGUGAAAAGGUGCCCUUAUUUAGGUUACGCAAGCCAAAAGAACCUAAAAAGCAAGCAUAAUGAGAAGAAUAAGUUGUGUAGAUUAUAUUUAGGUAAUGAGUUAAGAGUUAUUUCAAGUGGCGACGAGGAUGAGAACCAACUAAGUCUGUCCAGAGGGAUAGAUUCCAUGCCAGAGUUCAGCAACCUGGAGAGCCAGCCAUAGAGUUUAUUACGGAGUUGUCAAUUAUAUAGAACAUUCUACAAAAAGAAAUUUCAUAUAUCUUAUAAUUAACAUUAAUCAUUAAUCCUCAAUAAAUUCCAGAAAUGAUUGAAAAGUUUGCUUGAUGAUGAUCGGAAGGUCCAGGAGGAACUUUCUAAAAAAAUCUCGUCGCUGAUGGACAAUGUGGAGGCCCACAAUAAAGACUUGGGGCUAGAUGUCAAUAUUGACUUUGAUAAGCUUACCCUCCGUGCGGCUAUAAAUGACCUAGAAAAGUUGCUGGAAAGCACAAAAAUGGAGCUUCAAAGCCGACGUGACAUAAAGGUCAAACUGGAGGCUGAGGAGACAAGUAUAUCCCAGCAGUUGGGCCAAGAUGUGGCCAAACCAGCAUCAGCCAAGGCCCUCUCGGACCCAGUUCUGAGAGAAAUCCGUGAAAGAGUUGAAAAACUGAAGGAGCACAGGGAUACUUAACUUCUAACUCUCCAAAAGACACGCCGUGAAAUAAUUGAUUUCUUCUACGAGUUGGAAGUGCAGCCAACCAGUCCAUUGGAACUCCUAGUCACUGGGCCUACUACUGAAAAUAUUCCUCUCUGGAUCCUCUCUAAUUGGCUAAUGUAGCUGCUCUUGCAUUCUAGCCUUGCUGAUCGGGUUAAAAGAUUGUCUGAGGAGACAGAGCAACUCCGGACAGAAUUGUCUUGUGGGAAAAAACUUCAAGUUUCCCCUGAUGAACGAGCCAAUUUCUCCGACAGAUACACUGGCAUUAGGACGAAAACCAGGCAAGAGUUACAUGACAAAAUUGUCUACUGCAAGGAACUCGUAAAGCAGCUGACCAAAGAAACCACUCUAUCAAUGAGAGACAAGCUGGUCAACCUCUGGGACAAAUGUCAUGUUCUUGAAGAGGAGUGAAGAUCCUUUGCGGCAUUCAAGAGUGUUGACUUCUCGGAGGAAUUGCUCGAACAGCACAAGGCUGAAGUCAAUCGAUACGAAGCCUUUUAUCAAGAAAACCUGGAUGUGUUCAACCUUCUUUCACGCAGGGAUGAGAUUUUUGAAAAAAUGGAUAAGCUUGAAAUGGAUGCCCUCAACUCGAAUAGGUUGAACAACCGAGGUGGCCAGCUGCUGAAAGAAGAGAAAGAGAGAAAAACAAUUGGAAAAAACUACCUGAGAUUGAGAAAGCCUUGAAAUGUACCAGGGUGCAGGUCAACGGCGAACCAGUGAUGAUAAACAAUUGCCCAGCCUUAAGAAGGUUGAGGACGAACUCUCUUCCAAACUAUUGCAACUAACUGAUGGACGAUGUGGAAAUGUACAACAAUGACUUGGGGCUGGACAUUAAAAUUGACUUCAAUGGCAUAACUCUCCGUGCGGCCAAAACUGAGCUGGAAAAUCUUCUCCAGAACACGAAGUUGACUCAUAAGAGUUGACUUGAUGAGAAGAUGCAGCUGGAGACACAGUGAGGAUGGGAAGAAAAGUUUUGAGCCACAACAUUUUGCAGGAGGCCCUUAUUUGCAAAGAGCUGGGAAGAGCUGAUGUUGUGUCCACACCUGCACCAGACAAACCACUACUAUCAGACACAGUUCUGGCAGGCCUCAGAGAUAGAAUUGAAAUACUGAAGCAGGACAAGGAAACCAAACGUCAAGAGUUUGAAGAAAAAAGACGUGACUUCUCUGAGUUGGAAGUGCGGCCAAACACUGAGUUUGAAAUCUAAGUCACUGGGCCAACACCUGACAAUUUUCCUCUGGAUCCUCAAUCAAUGGCUAACGUGGCUGCAUUGCAUUCAAACCUUGCUGACAGCGUCAAGCAGUUGUCCGACGAAACAGAGCUACUUCGCACAGAGCUGUAUCAUUUGUGGGACAAAGUUCAAGUCUCCCAUGAUGAACGAGCUAAGUUCUUGGACACAUACCCUGGCAUUAAGACAAAAACCAAGCAAGAGAUUUGCAAGGAAAUUGAUCGCUGCCAGGAACUCCAUAAGCAGCAGGUGACAGCAGCCACACAGGACCUGAGAGGAAAGCUGUUUGACCUUUGGGACAAAUGCUAUGUUCGUGAUGAGGAGAGGGGAGCAUUUGCUGCGUUCAAGAGCGUGGACUUCACAGAAAAAGUGCUUCAAGAACACAAAACAGAAGUGGAGCAAUACGAAGCGUAUCAUCAGGAAAUCCAAGAGGUUUUCAACCUUCUCUCCCGCAGGGACGAGCUCUAUGAACGAUUGUAUGAACUUGAGAUGGCUGCACUUGACUCGAACAGGCUGAACAACCGUGGUGGCCACCUGUUGAAAGAUGAGAAGGAGAAAAAAGCCAUUGAGAAGGAAAUACCUGUGAUUGAAAAAAGUUUGAAAGAUGCUAGGUUGCAGGUCAACGGAGAGCUUUUAACUAUCAACCAUCGCCCAGUCUUAGACAUCAUCAACGAACAGUGGGAGUCCAAGAGGCAGCUCAAGGAGGCUGAAAAGAAGAGCAAGUUAAGUGAAGCAGGGAAAAAAGAUAGCUGCAAAUUCCUCCUGCCUAAAAUUCCAAGUCACCACGAAUGAAUGAAAAUUAAGCAGCCACAUCAGAGGAAAGGGCUCCAUUGUAAUUUUUAAAAUGUCUUGUGUAUAAUUCAAUAAUUAUUAAACUUGUAAAUGAAGUUCAAUUAAUAUGAUGAUCUCGUCAGAUCUCGUCAAAUUUCUGAAGACUUGUAAAUUAAGUGAUUGUGAUAUAUUUCAGAGCUGUUGAUUUAUUGUCAAUUUUUGAACUCUGGAGUUAAAACAGGUCUUUUACAAUUUUCAAGUGGGUCACAAAAUAUCAAGCAAGCGGAGAACGCCCUUUAUUUCUUUGCCAAAAUUUUCACUCCAUUUUUAUAAAUUGAGCUAAUUUGAUUGGGCCAUUUUUAGAAGAAUACCCUCCUUUAUAAAUUUAUCACACCUACAUUCCAACCGUUGUGCAGAGGUGAAAAUGACUGAAUCUCUUUAAAUACUUUGAUUGAAACAAUACAUUUUAUUAAAUAUAACCAUGUAAUCUUUGGAUUUACAUUUAAUGUCAUUGAGAAUAAAAUAAAAGAAGACAAUCUUUGAAA